UGUGCUCCACUCGCUUCUGUGCCGCUUUCACUCAGCCGCCGCGCCUGACGCUCCGCCAUGACGCACAUCGCUCCUCUCGUCCUUUUAACAUCAUCACUCCUGACUUGGACCGCUGCAGAAGCCUCCAUCCUCUGCACCUGGACCAAAGUUUUGCCCACCGGAGAGGUGCACUACAGUUUUCUCCGGCAGGUCUCUCCAUCUGUGAGGCUCUACCACAGUUCGUGGUCUGGGGAGCGAGCUCUGCUCAGCUGCGCCUGGAGCGACGACGCGGCUGUGAUCCAGAACUAUCUGUCUCUGUGCCGGGAGCGCACACGUGAGUUUUCCGAUGGUCCAGGAGAAGAUUUCGAUGUGGACUCCAUGUUGGAGGUGGAGAAGCAGUGCGUCUCUGUGGCCGAUGCAGAGGCCGGCGGGCGCGCGGAGAAGAGGUCGGUGAGGAGUGUCGAUAGUCAGACCGCGGCCGGUUCACCGCCUGAGAGCCAUCAAGGUCAGGCUGAAAGGUCAGAGGUCAGGAUCCAUCAGCGCGUGAAGCGAGGCUUUAUUGUCCCAGGAACUCUGUGGUGCGGCUCUGGCAACAAGGCGCCGUCAUAUGAAGAUCUGGGAGUUUUUGCGGAGACAGACGGCUGCUGCCGUGAACACGACCAGUGCAAACACACCAUCCUGUCCUUCAACUCCCAGUUUGGUGUCUUCAACAGCAACAUCUUCACCAUGUCUCACUGUGACUGUGACACAAAGUUCCGCAGCUGUCUGAUGGAGGCCAAAGACAGCAUCUCUGACGUGGUGGGAUACACCUUCUUUAACCUGCUGAAGAUGCACUGCUUUGAGUUCUCCCACCGACUCCAGUGUACGCAGAGAAACUGGUUUGGAAUGUGUAAAGAGACUAAAAUGGCUGUAUAUGCUGAGGUCCAUGCGCCAACACUGUACGAGUCUCCACAUUCCACAGAGGUGAACAGCACCAGCUCCGUCCUAAACACCACCAGGCCCACAGAGCUGGUGGAGAGCAACACGUCAAACCCGCAGCCCUACUCCAUCACUGCUGCAGCAUUCACAGCUCCUACACCUUCAACAAUUCCCCACUCCACCUCCUUCACUCCUGUUGCCAGUGUUACCACCUCCACAGUCCCAAACACCACACAGGGACCUGCAGGACCUGAGAGCAGAGGCCACCUGGAUGACACUUUACCCACCAGGAUGCAAACUCUGCCUGUGCUGAAUGCUAAUGUGACAGAGGAGCAGCUGCAAUGUGCUGCCUUCAAGGAUCUUGACGAGUGCAGGAACAAGAUCCUUCCCCAGCGGAGCAGAUACGGCCUCAACAACACAGAGGCCACGACGCUGUACCACUGCAACUGUACCACCAGAUUAUUCCAGACUUUGGCUAAACAAAGACAACUGACCGAGGUGCAGGCUGUCCUGCUGGGACACGUGUCUCUGUCCUGCUUCCUGCCACAGGAGUGCACAGCAGGCAGAACCUGUGCAGCCGUGCUGGUGAAAGCAGAGCUUCCUCAGCUGGGCCAGAGGAGCAGUGCAGACAUGGAGGAACAGCGCCAUCUACAGGCAGUCAGCCUGAAGGUCAGGAGGCCAAACAACAGGAGAGCCAAGAGAAAACCCAGAGCUGUCAGGCUUCACAAACUGUGUCUCAGGAUGCUCCGAUCCAAACGCAGCAAACCCAGAAAACAAGAGGCACACAGGCCUGCAGUAAGACAGAGUGAGCUCGCCUCAAUGUGAAUAUCACGGAGGGCCAAAGUGUUGAAUAUCCAAAUAAGACAUCAUGAAACAGUCAAAGCAGGUAUAAUCCCAUACA